UGCCUAAAGGAGGGAGGUCACAAUGUGUACUUUGUGAUGAAAUCUGUAAUAUACCCCUUGGCAGGGAGGACCCCACUGAGAGCUCAACCUCCUGUGGGAAGGAUCAGGGACACACCAUAUGUUACCUCUCUGUCCCUACACCUUCCAUCCCAGGCCCAGUUGGAGGGCCCUUUGGGGAUAAGCAAAUGGACAGAGAAGUGGGAGAUGAGGGCUUGGCAGGAGGAGGUGUGGUGUGGAGGUCUGGGGAGCCACAGAGGCCCACAGGACAGAGAGUUGGGGGGCUGUCUAUGACCUCAGGUCCUCACCCCUCCCAGUCCCAGGUAGAGGAACCAGUUGGCCGCCUGCCACUGGAGCCAUCGCCUGGGCCACACAUGAGGCGCUGGUGGCAGAUUUUUGUCCUGUGCGUCUUCUGGAUGCUCCUCUUGUGGCUGGUGACUCCCUGCCUGGAUCUGAAGACUGACUCGGCACCCCAGGAAAAAUGGAUGGACGUGGCACCACGGCGUUGCAGCUGCCCUUGGUUCAAAUUCAGGCAAUGUGGCUGCCCGUCCGGGAGUCUCAACCACUCUGUCUGCCACCACACAGCUGGAGAGCACCGGUUUGAUGCAGGCUAUGAGAAGAUGAGGGGGUCCCUGAUGGGAGGAGCAGAGUCCACGCGCCCUAGUGCUGUGCUCUGGUGGUCGGACCUGAAUGCAGCAAGCGAGCUGGGCAGAGGGUGGAAGAAGCUGCUUGAAGUGAUUCCCCAACUCUCAAUGAGCUAUUUUGACUUCUUCUGUGGGACUUGUGCCCUGAUGGGGAAUUCGAAGAUCCUGCGGGCUGCCAGUAUAAGCAACAACGUCAACCAACUCAGCAUGGUCUCCAGGAUGAACCAGAUCCCUGUUCAGGGCAUUGAGAUGCUGGGGAACCAAACCACGAGAUGCUCCGUCUCCCACAGGAAUGCCAGGGGCCAGCGUUCUUGGAGGCAGGUGCUGUUGCUGCUCCUGCAGCUCUUUGAUCUCGCAUGGACUUCAGAUGCUCUGAGUGAGGAGAUGGUGGUCUGGGAACCCAGACAUUCAUAGUAUGGCAGAUUUCUGAAGGUGGUCCAGUUCCCUAGCAGAAUGGAAGAUAGAAAAGGCCAGGAUUCCCGCUUUGGAUCUGGAUCAGAAAAGCAAAGGAGGUGGUCCCCUUACUGGGAGGAUGCUAAUCAGACCAACAGAGAUUCUGUCCAUGUUCAGCAAGAAGCAGAAAUGGAGGUCAGCUAGAGUGGACAAGCUUGCUGUUCACACAAGUCCACACAAGUCCUUGUCCUUUGGGCCUGAAUGCAAGGGAGUCUUGGAGUUGCGGCGGGACUCUGGGGACAUUCAGGGAUAAAGGGCAAGAGGAAAUUGUAUAGUGAUCAGUCUGGUGCUGAA